AUGCGCCUCGGCCUCGGUGUGCUGUCCUAUCCGCUCCCCGUGCUGAUGGCGGCGCUGUACCGGGGCCCGCACUCCACCUCUCCCCGAACACACCUGGCGCUCAAGGACGUCCGGGAGGUUCAGGAGGAGACCACGCUGGAUGAGAAGCUCUUCUUACUGGCCUGCGAGAAGGGUGAUUACUACAUGGUGAAGAAGCUGCUGGAGGAAAAACGCCAUGGCGAGCUGAACAUCAACUGUGUGGACGUGUUGGGGAGGGGUGCCAUCACCAUCACCAUCGAGAACGAGAACUUGGACAUCCUGCAGCUGCUCCUGGAGCACGGCUGCCAGACGACAGAUGCGCUUCUGGUGGCCAUCGACUCGGAGGUGGUGGGAGCUGUAGAUAUUCUUCUCAACCACCGGCCCAGACGAUCCUCCAAACCCUCGAUUGCGAAACUGAUGCAGCGGAUCCAGAACCCGGAAUAUUCCACCACCAUGGACGUGGCCCCUGUAAUCCUGGCUGCUCACAGGAACAACUAUGAGAUCCUGACCAUGCUUCUGAAGCAGGAUAUCUCACUGCCCAGACCUCAUGCUGUGGGCUGCGAGUGUACCCUCUGCAACGCCAAGAACAAGAAGGACAGCCUGCGUCACUCCAGGUUUCGGCUGGACAUCUAUCGCUGCCUGGCGAGUCCAUCACUCAUCAUGCUGACAGAGGAGGACCCUAUUCUCCGAGCAUUCGAGCUCAGCUCUGACCUCAAGGAGCUCAGCCUGGUUGAGGUGGAGUUCAGGACUGAUUAUGAAGAACUAGCCAAGCAGUGCAAGAUGUUUGCCAAGGACCUUUUAGCCCAAGCACGAAACUCACGUGAGCUCGAAGUCAUCCUGAACCACACGGGCAACGAGGAUCAUGUGGAUAAGAGAGGACUGCUGGAGGAGCGCAUGAACCUCAGCCGACUCAAACUCGCCAUCAAAUACAACCAGAAAGAGUUCGUGGCGCAGUCGAACUGUCAGCAGUUCCUGAACACGGUGUGGUUUGGUGAGAUGGCGAGUUACCGGCGUAGACACACGGGCCUGAAGCUGCUGACGGUGCUGAGCGUGGCUCUGCUGUGGCCUCUGCUCUCCGUGUGCUACCUGCUCGGACCACGCUCACGCGUCGGCCACGUCAUCCACACACCCUUUGUGAAGUUCAUCAUCCACAGCGCCUCUUACCUCACCUUCCUCCUCCUGCUCAACCUUUACUCGCUGGUCUACAACGAGGGCAAGAAGAACACCAUGGGCCCAGCGCUGGAGCUAAUCGACUACCUGCUCAUCCUCUGGAUCAUAGGAAUGGUGUGGUCAGAUGUAAAACGUCUGUGGUACGAGGGCCUGGAGGACUUCCUGGAGGAGUCGAGGAACCAUCUGAGUUUUGUUAUGAACUCUCUGUACCUGGCCACCUUCGCGCUUAAAAUUGUGGCUCACAGCAAGUUUAAGAACGUGAGUACUGACCGGAAAAACUGGGACGCCUCUCACCCCAUGCUGGUGGCCGAAGGACUUUUCGCCUUCGCUAAUGUGCUGAGCUACCUGCGUCUCUUCUUCAUGUACACCACCAGCUCCAUCCUUGGCCCUCUACAGAUCUCGAUGGGUCAGAUGCUGCAGGAGUUUGGAAAGUUCCUCGGCCUAUUCCUGCUGGUGCUGUUCUCCUUCACCAUCGGCCUGACGCAGCUUUACGGAAAAGACCAGAAGGACCCAUUCAGAAACAAAACCAACAGCAAGGACUGUGAAGGAAUCUUCUGUGAACAGCAGAGCAACGAUGCCUUCCACACGUUUAUGGGGACGUGUUAUGCGCUCUUCUGGUACAUCUUCUCUCUGGCCCACGUGGCGUUGUUUGUGACCAGGAUCAGCUAUACAGAGGAACUGCGCUCGUUCGUGGGCGCCCUCAUCGUCGGCACGUACAACAUCGUCGUUGUGAUUGUUCUCACCAAGCUUCUCGUGGCCAUGCUGCAUAAGAGCUUCAGACAGAUCGCUAACCAUGAGGAUAAAGAAUGGAAAUUUGCCCGGGCCAAGCUAUGGCUCAGCUACUUUGAUGAUAAAUGCACGUUGCCUCCGCCGUUUAACAUCCUUCCAUCCCCAAAGACGCUGUGCUACUUACUGACCAGCCUGAGCAAAUGGAUCUGUUCCCACACGUCCACUGGAAAGAUGAAGAGACAGAACAGCCUCAAGGAGUGGAGGAGCCUGAAGCAGAAAAGGGAUGAAAACUACCAGAAGAUCAUGUGCUGCCUGGUGCAUCGUUACCUGACGUCCACGCGGCAGAAGAUGCAGAGCACGGACCAGGCCACAGUAGAGAACCUCAAUGACCUGCGGCAGGACCUGUCCAAGUUCCGCAACGAGAUGAGAGACCUGCUCGGCUUUCGCACCUCCAAAUAUGCCAUGUUCUACCCCAGAAGCUAA